AUGUUCAAGCUCGGCCGCAACCGCGCAUUGGCUUCUGCCUUUGCUGCCGCCUCCAAGGCUCCCCUCACCUCCAGACUCCCCAGCGUUUCCCAACAACAAAGGAGAGCCCUCAGCAUUCACGAAUACCUCUCUGCUGAUCUCCUCCGGAAGUAUGGCAUCGGUGUCCCCAAGGGUGAUGUUGCCAGGUCCGGCGCCGAGGCUGAGGCCAUCGCAAAGAAGAUUGGCGGCGAGGACAUGGUCAUCAAGGCCCAGGUUCUUGCUGGUGGCCGUGGAAAGGGCACCUUCGACAACGGCCUCAAGGGCGGUGUUCGCGUCAUCUACUCCCCCACCGAGGCCAAGAUGUUCGCCGAGCAGAUGAUCGGCCACAAGCUCAUCACCAAGCAGACCGGCCCCCAGGGCCGUCUCUGCAACGCCGUCUACAUCUGCGAGCGCAAGUUCGCCCGCCGCGAGUUCUACCUCGCCGUCCUCAUGGACCGUGCUUCUCAGGGCCCCGUCAUUGUUUCGUCGUCCCAGGGUGGCAUGGACAUUGAGGGUGUUGCCAAGGAGAGCCCCGACGCCAUCCACACCACCUACAUCGACAUCAACGUUGGUGUCACGGACGAGAUGGCCCGCGGCAUCGCCACCCAGCUCGGCUUCAGCGAGCAGUGCGUCGAGGAGGCCAAGGACACCAUCCAGAAGCUCUACAAGAUCUUCUGCGAGAAGGAUGCCACCCAGAUCGAGAUCAACCCCCUUUCCGAGACCUCUGACCACAAGGUCAUGUGCAUGGACGCCAAGUUCGGCUUCGAUGACAACGCUGAAUACAGGCAACCCGACAUCUUCAAGCUCCGCGACACCACCCAGGAGGAUCCCGAUGAGGUUCGCGCCGCCCAGUCCGGCCUCAACUUCAUCAAGCUCGAUGGUGACAUUGGCUGCCUCGUCAACGGUGCCGGUCUCGCCAUGGCUACCAUGGACAUUAUCAAGCUGAACGGCGGCCAGCCCGCCAACUUCCUUGACGUCGGUGGUGGUGCUACCCCCGCGGCCAUUAGGGAGGCCUUCGAGCUCAUCACCAGCGACCCCAAGGUUACCGCCAUCUUUGUCAACAUUUUCGGCGGUAUCGUCCGCUGCGACGCCAUCGCCCACGGUCUCAUCAACACGGUCAAGUCUCUUGACCUCAAGAUUCCCAUCAUUGCCCGUCUCCAGGGCACCAACAUGGAGGCUGCCCACCAGCUCAUCAACGACUCUGGCAUGAAGAUCUUCUCCAUCGACGAUCUCCAGAGCGCUGCUGAGAAGUCUGUCCAGCUCUCCAAGGUUGUCAAGAUGGCUCGUGACAUUGAUGUCGGCGUUGAGUUCACCCUUGGUAUUUAA